AUGCCCCGAAAAUCCACCAGCAGCAGCACGCCCGGCGAUGACGGAGCAGGAGCAGAACAAUCCCAAAUAUCCCAAAUACACCAUUCCCAAUCACCCUCAGAUAUCGUCCACCUUCCCGAAUCAACAGGACAGAUGGUCGAAGCGACAGAACAACAACUCAAGGCGCGGGCGGAGGGGGGUGUGAGUAUUGAGGACUACCUCCUUCCCCGCUCUCUCACCCUCCGACUAGCAAAAUCCGUUCUUCCUCCGAAUACAUCCAUACAAAAGGAUGCGGUAUUGGCGAUUCAGAAGGCCGCGACGGUGUUUGUGUCAUAUUUGUCGUCGCAUGCCAACGAAGCAACCCUCAAACGAACCGUCGCGCCAUCGGACGUCUUCAGCGCCAUUUCGGAACUAGAGUUUGAUGGAUUCCGCACACGAUUGGAGCAGGAGUUGGAGGCGUUUACGGAGUUGAAGGCGGGGAAGAGGAGGGGGAAGAAGGGGGAUAGUGGUAGUAGUGCUACUGCUGCUGCGGCGGCGGCGGAGGGAGUGGGGAAGGAUGCUGAGGAGGAAGAGGAAGAUGGGGAUAGAGGGGUGAAGAGGGUGAAGCGAGCAGAGGAGAAGAAGAAGAAUGGUAUUGGUGGUGGUGGUGGGGAGGAAGAGGAAGGGGAUGAGACGCAGGAGGAGCAUGAGCAGGAACAGGAGCAGGAUGAUGAAGAGGAAGAGGAGGAGGAAGAGGAAGAGGAGGAUGAGGAGGAAGAAGAAGAGCAGAAGGAUGAUGAUGAGGAGGAAGAGGAAGAGAAUGAUAUUGAUCGAGUGGAGGAUUUGGAUCGGGCGAAACGGCCGAUGAAUCCGGAUGUUGAGGGGGAUGAGUCGGACAGUGAGGAUGAGGAUGGGCCGGGGAGUCAGCUGCGAGGGGAUUUGGGACUGGGUUAG